AUGUCUGCUAAACCUUCUAAUGCAACAGGAAAAAUGAGUGCACGUGGUGCAGCAUUUGAACGUGCAAAUAUUAUGCGUGAUCCAGCUACAGGUGAAACAUUUAUACCUGGUUCACAACGACCUGAUGGUACAUGGAGAAAAGCAAUACGUGUACGUGCAGAUUAUGUUCCACAAGAUGAAGUGCCUGUGUAUCAAUCUAUGGGACAACAAACACAAAAUGAAACACAAAAACGUAUUGAAAAUGGAAAUAUUAUACCUGGUUUAGUAUUAACUGAAGAAGAAAAACUUUUACGUGCUAAAAAAUUAGAAAAAGAAGAAAAACAAUUAAGAAAUCAAAUGGCUAAAUUAACAACACAAACACCAGAAGAUAAUAAAAUGAAAGAAAUUAAAAAAAUUCAAAAAUUAUUAAAAGAAAUUAAUG